GACAAAUAAAUUAUGGGAAUACGAAAAUUGGACACGAAGAGCAAAGGGGAACUCAUUGUCAGUCAGCAGCCUUGCCUGACUCCUUUCUUUCGGUACCGGCAUCGACCCACAGGAGGAGUUUUCCGCUAUACUGCCAACCCCUUGAACAAACCCUGCCAACCUUUGCCAACCCUGUGCGCCGACCUUUAAGACGUAUCAACGCAACACGCAGGAUUUCUUGUUUUAACACUUUAUGUUAUGCACCCCCUCAUUUUCACGUACUUUUGUUUUAUAUUUGGAACGCUCUAACACCAUUCGUGCAGUUGCUGCUGCGCAGGCUGUUUCGUUUCGCUGUUUUUACGCGAUAAUAUCAAAGUGGAUCAGUCCAGAUUUUUUUAGGGUAAAAAAUUAGAAAUGCCUACCGCGCAAUUUAUAAUGCUCAAGUUUAUCGGGAAUCUUGGAAAAACUAAAGCUAUUAAGUCCUAUCCGAGUUCGUUGAGAUAAGAAAUGCCGCAGAGACGGUUCAAUGACACUUCUUUCAUCGAUCUCCUGAUAUAUCUGGAAGAAACGACUAGAGAAUCAACGUUCGAAAUUCAAAUUUCAACGCGACCUUCGAUUUAUCCAACUUCCAUCUGCAUACGAUAUAACAUCGUUUAAGGGUAUCUUAUAUAGCUCGAAACCAUUUACAGCUACGAUUUUAAAGAUCAAGUUCGAAAUCGGACCUCCAAAUUGCCUCAAGCACACUUUCAGCUCAUGCAAUGCUAAUUGCACACUCGACUGCAUGUGUGAUAUCGACUAUAAUUAGUCACCUACUCAAAGCCGGUUCGCGAUGAUCGUAGAAAAAUUUAUUCCAAGAGUGAAUGCAAGUAAAAGGCACUUUGCAGUUUUAUCCGAAAUGUUCACAGAUCGAAGACAGGCAGAUUAAUCUCGAGGCUGAAGUUAGUAACGUUAACGUAUCGAAACAUUGAAACAAAAAAUUACUAUUUCACACCUUUGGAAUAACAGAAGAAGUUUAGUUUACAAAAUCUCAGUUUUCUUGAUGCUGUAUUAACAAUUUGCUAAACUUCAGGUAAUCCUAAAGUUGCAAAAUAACAGUUUUUACUAAACAUGCAUCAUUACAGUAACGUUACAAACUUCAGCCUGGUGCCUGUCUUUGUCACUCUCAAAUCUUAGUGAAAGCAUUAACAUCUAUACCUUCCGUCUUUGUUUGAAAAAAUAAAAUUCAAAAACGUUCGAAGUUCGAAUUCGUCGUUCACCUCGUUGAGAAUGGACUAAGGCUCAACGUUACGCUCGGAAUCGCGGCACGAGCAACGGAACUUCCGGUAGGGAUAACUCGGGGUUGGGAAAUUGUGGCUGAGGGUGACGGGUGGUCGGAUGGCGAAAGGUCCACCUGCGACGCAAGCAGGAAGGCAGGGCUAGGGCAGCUCCUGGUCUCGCGCACCUGUCCAUCGCACGCGCGCACAAAUAGGUGCGGGUAACGGUAGAAGCCGUGAGGGUUGCGCGCGGGAGUUCCGUUUGAGUCGGCGAUACCGCGUGAUCUGGAAGCCGCGUCCAUCGCGAGUUGCGCGUCUAAGUAAGUCUCUCAUACGUCACAACUGGAGAAUCGGAUGCGUUUUUAUCCGUCAGAUCGGUUCUCAGAGCGUCAUCCAUCACGGUGUGCUGAUCAAGUCCGACGAGGACUUUUGAUUCGGCCGACACUGAUAUGACACGGUAAAAAUGAGAAUUGACAUUAUCGAAGGCCUUUCGGAUGAAGGAUCACUGUCAGAAAAUAUGGAUACGGAGAGCUACGGAGUAGAAGCAGAGCUCACGAGCCUUUCCUGGCUCCAAUCACUCGACAUCACAAGUGCCUCAAAUCUACCGACUCCACCAUGCUCGCCUUCGCCUCCUCCGAUCGCUCAGCAUGCACCAAAGAAAAUGUCACCAUUGCUUAAAGCUGAGCUAGACCUGGCUGAAAAUGCGGAAAAGUACCGUCUCGACUCGGAUGCUAAACCUCCCUUCUCAUACGCAACAUUAAUCUGCUUGGCGAUGAGGGCUAAUAAUAACAAACUGACACUAUCGAGUAUCUACAGAUGGAUAAGAGAAAACUUCACAUACUACAAGCAUGCCGAUCCCGCGUGGCAGAAUUCAAUCCGCCAUAAUCUAUCGUUGAACAAGUGUUUCGUGAAGCUGCCACGAUCAAAGGACGAGCCGGGUAAAGGAGGUUUUUGGAAAUUGGAUCUUGAGAGAUUAGAGGAAGGAAGACGUUCCCGAAGGCGGGUCUCGUCCCGCCGAAAUAGCACGACUAAAACGGCGGCACCAACCACAAAUUUGACACCUGUAGCCUUGUACGAAACUCCACCGAGCAGCGUUUCACCCCCAAUUCCAGACAGCCUGCCGGAAGUCCCCGAAUCGACACAAGUCAGUCUAAGCGAGGAUGACCUCACAGGACUUCUGAUCGCAACCGUCGGCUGGGACGAGAAUCAGCUUGAUCUUCUCGACUCUCUACUAGAUUCCUUGUAAGCAUCAUAUUUCUUCUUCUUUGCCUCUUACUUCUUUCCUUCUCCAUACAAUUAUUAUACCGGGUUAUUUCCUUGACGGUUGUCUCACUUACCGAAAUGCAGGGGGAUUGACUCCUUUGAAAUUACCGAGAAAUAACCCGGUGUAUACGAUGUAUCGUUCAAGAAAUAUCCCGCGGUAAAUUUACGCUGACAACAUUAAUUAUAACCGUUUGCUCAUGUAUAGCAUUAAAUAUUCAGACAACCUUUUUGUAUCCAACUUUAAUAUGCACGACGAUCCUUCGAGUGAUUUGCACAGGUAAAUUGUAUAUUCGCGAAUGAGAGGAAUUUCGACGUACAUUUUAUACCGCGACAAUCUCUUGAAACUUGAAAAUCAAAUGUGCAUACGCGAGUUUGUUCGUGCAGGCUGGCCAUCCCGAGAUUCAGCCGUCAAACUGUUUCUGGCGGCGAUGUAGUUGAUACGAAUUUUCAAGGUUAGAAUCUCACAUAAUUGUGACAGUGACUCAGAAAGGUUUGCGAAGCAUUUGACGUCGAGUCGAAAAGUUGAUUGUUCAAAGAACGGUCGGAAUUUAAUGCUUAUGCUCUUUGAAAAUUCAAGCGUAUGUUCAUAUUUUGCGUACGUUGGCCCGUCUGCAUCGUAGACAAGAAUAUCGCUCCGGGAAGAUUUUGCCGACCAAUGAGAUUGAAUUAUUUGGUGCAUGUGCGGUUGAUUUUCAAGUUUCAAAAGAUUGUCCCGGUGUGUAUACUUAAAUAUUGCGUAACAUCUAAAGUGAUGUCCGGUGAUGAAGCUGAAAAUUUCAAACAAUUUUCAUCAAAUAUUAACAAAUUUUGCAAAGGGAAUUUAAGAACAACAGUCUUUAGUUAUUUCCAUAGAAUUUUUUUCUUACUUCAAUUAGUGUAGAUACAAUUAGGCAUACUGCAGUAGAACUGACCCAAACAAUACGCGGAAAAAAAACUCAAAUUCAAGCAAUGAAAUCCGUCCAAAAAACGAUAAGACAUGGUUUUUGCAUUUAUCAAUAUAUAUAUAAUGAAAUUCGCUACACUUGCAUGAAUAACUGUUAUGUAGAUAUCACAGUUAUUAAAAUAGCAUGUAGCAUAGAAGUGUAAUAUGCCUUAUAAUCGGAAUGAACAUUCGCUGUGUACUCUAUGUUAUUGAAAUUAAAAAACAACCCUCUAAAGUAUGAAUUAAUUAAUAAAAGCUCAAUGCGAUUUUAAUAUUAAUCACUUACGUUAGAUUUGAAAUUAAUGAAUUAUUGAUUGGUGAGAGAAAUAUGCUAAUAACAGGUGGUUGAUGUGUUAGUUUUGUAAAAAAAAGAAAAGAUUUGCUUCUAUAGGAAUGUAAUGUCAGAUAAAUGAUGCUCAAAUAUUAACGACUAUUCGACAACGUGGAAGAAAAUGAAGAAAAAACUAGUGAGGGAAAAAGAAAAAGUUGUCUGAAUAUUUUGUAGGAUCUCAGCCCCUCCCAUUUUUUGCAAAAUAUUUUCAAAAGAAUUUGAAUAUAUCACAUGUAUAGAGUUGGAUGUUGAAAAUGUGUAACCAGCUCAUAUUAUCAAGUAUUAUUAGAUAAUAUAUUUGAUCGUUGUUAAUGUAACCAGCAAUAUGUGUAUACGCAAUACACAUACCUUGGUAUAUAUGUAGAAUGUGUAAACCUGUUCGAUAAAGUGAAUAUAAUUAAUCACUUGAUUUAAUUUAUUAAUUUUUUGUUCUUUCAAGUUUGAGAUUCAAGUGCAAAAUGAAAGCGAAAAAGAAAAAUACGAAGAUUGAUAAUAAUUAACGAUUGAACACGUUCGAAUUGAAACUUCAUGUCAUACAAACUAGAUCUGCUCAAUAAUCAUUUUCAACAUCCAAAUAAUUAUUGUAGAUAAGAGAAUAUAUACAAAUACCUUCAUACAUACAAUAUAUUAAUAAUAAUAAUAGUAAGAAUAAUAAUGACAAUGAAUUUUAUGUUUUUAAUUAUAGAUGUAUAAUAUACAUGUAUAGGUAAUAAUUUCAUUGAAGCGAUAACAUUGGUGUGAUAUUAUUUGAAUUGGUGUGUGUUUUUGCGCUCUAGUUCACGCCUUUAAGAAUCCGUCCAGCGAUAAAAAUAUUUAUAAAUUAAUAUUUAAGAAUAAUAUUGCAGUCAUUUGAGAUCAAAGAUUGUACUUAAUUAACAAACAGGAUAAAUUAACGUACAUUUUACUAUUAUACUAUAUUAUACGUAUAUCCCUACAAUGUAACGUGUGCCAUUUUAUGCCUUGAAAAUAAUGUGAACCAAAUGAAGGAAAAAAGAAAAAGAAAAUAAAAGAAAAAGAAUAGAAAGAAAUCAUUUAAUAAUUACUUAGUGGCCUUAUAAUCUAUAUAGCAAUUUGACAAUGUAAUAAUAAUUAUUGCGUAGUAUAAUAUUUUAGAAUUAAUUUCUGGUCAACUGAAUUUUCUUUUUAAUAUACUAAACAUUUUUAAUAUAUAUAUAUAUUAUAGUAUGUGGAUUAUCGACCCUUGGGUAUUCAACACCUGCAUGAUUUAUAUUUUUGAGGAAUUUAUUUGUCUCUCGUUCCUUGAGUCUCCAUUAUCACGUACGAUAAUUUUAUUCAAUUCUUAACAAGGCAAUACUGUAUAUUCAAUAUCAUUGUAUUAAACCCACUUGAAAAAGCAAUACUAAUGAAGAGAUUCGGAUAAGAAUUUUUACUAUGUUUAUCAAAAAUAACUAUUAUAUAUGCAAUCCGUCUUGGAAUCUAGUGAAAAUAUUUCGCUCAAAAAAAAAGUCAUUAUGCUGCAAGCAUUGUAUUAUCGUAAUGACACAAACGUGUUUCAAUCUUUGACAAGUUCGAUGUUUGGCAACACGAUAAAUCGAAUCAUUUGUCUCCGUAAUACAAUAGACAUACUAUGGGUGUAGGUGUGUUGAAGAAAAAUAACGAAAUCACCACUAAAGGUGAAGGUUGUAAAAUUUACGUUGUAAUUUUACGAUAAUGAAUUAUUAUUAAUAUUAUUAAUAUUAUUAUUAUUAUUAUUAUUAUUGUAAAAGUGCUCAAUGCGGUAUGUUAACAAUUUCCACCAUGUAUCUGAUGAGAAUAUAAUAUACAAAAUGUAGAAGUGAA